GCAUCCUGCUGUUGAGGCCGGAACUGUUCCGGCCACCGUCUAUAUUAGCACGCGAAUCUGACCGCUACUCAAAUCAAAGGCCUCAUCUCCCAUACCUCAAGCUUUCUUUGGAGUCCACAAACUUGCUUACACAACGCCUAUAAAUCGUUCAAGUCAUAUCACUUCAAAAUCCCCCAACAUGUUCAUUCCCAAGUCAUCCUUCGAAGUCCUAGAAGACACCAAACCUAAUGAUGUCUCUCUUCCUGCCUUCAUGGUCUCAACAACUCGGGGUUUCUUGGCACGAAUGGAUCCUAUCGUGACACUCCCUCCCGAGUUCGAGUCGAUCGAGACUCUACUCCAAGCAAUGCCCGUACGGACUCAGUCAGGCAAUCCUGGGCUACUUGCUACUGGCCAGCUAGGUGAUGCUGUACUGCAAGACCUCCCAGAUCUGACUGAGCAGGUCGAGAAAUACCGUGAUAACCUCCCCAUGAUGAACGCUUUAUAUCGCGACUACUCUUUUCUUGCGUCGGCGUUCUUGCUGGAGCCUUGUCACAUGAGGUUCGUCAAGGGUGAGCCAUAUGGAUUAGGGAGACCCUUCCUUCCAGCCCAACUCUCGCGGCCUAUUGUCCGCUGUGCCGAGCUUGCUGGCUUUAAACCCUUCAUGGAGUACGCAGGCUCAUAUGCCCUGUUCAACUAUCGUCUCCAAGAUCCAGAAGCCGGUCUCGAGUACUCCAACUUGCGUCUCAUUCGGGCUUUCGAGCAUGGUCUAGACUCUAGCUCGUCCGAAGCUGGCUUUGUACUAGUACACAUCGACAUGGUGAAGAACUCGGGUCCCUUAGUUAGCGGUACAAUGUCAUGCCUGCGCGCUCUCGACAACGCGGAGACUGUCUCAGCCCAGCAGCAGAGAAUUGCAUUCAAUGAGGGCCUGCGCACCAUCGUAGACGCUAUGAAAAAGGUCAACGGCGUCAUGGAAACAAUGUGGAUGAAAUCCAAGCCGCGAUCGUAUACCAGUUUUCGCACCUUCAUCUUCGGCAUCACAUCUCAGUCCAUGUUCCCCAAUGGCGUCGUUUACGAGGACGUUAAUGACGGUAAACCCAUGAGCUUCAGGGGUGAAAGUGGGGCAAACGACACCAUGAUUCCGUUGAUGGACAAUUUUCUUCAGGUCGAAAUGCCAGACACGCCUCUCACAGAAAUCCUUAAGGACUUCAGGGAUUACCGACCGAGCAAUCACCGCCAGUUCCUUGCUGAAGUGAAGAAGUGCGCAGAAGAGUUACAUGUGAAGGAUUUUGCCCUAGCUCUUGGUAUCGAGCAUAAACCAGAAACAGAGAAAGAGGACCUGGAACUAGUAAAGGAGUCCCGACGACUUUGGAUCGACGCUCUAAACCAGGUUCGUGACUUCAGGUGGCGACACUGGUGUUUUGCUCGCGAGUACAUCCUGAAACAGACUUCGCACCCCACGGCCACGGGAGGCAGUCCGAUAGUAACCUGGCUUCCGAAUCAGCUCCAGGCUGUCAUGGAGGAGAUGACGGAGAUUGCUGACAAUGUCGGUGGGCGAACUGGUCCUAUGGAACUUGGACCUGAGCAUCGGGAUAUUAUGGACCUGGUUGACAGGCAGAAGCAAAGCCUGCAGAAGGAAGUAGAAAAGUACUGCAAAGAACGCGGUAUAAGCACUUAUUAAUAUGUGUAUACCUCGCAUGUAUUCUUGGCCCUUGAGUGCGUAUAAUAUUAACUGUAGCUAGCUUUUAUAGUGGUGCGAAAGAAAGAAAGAAUUUACAUAAGUCACAUAUCUCCAU